GCUACAGGGAUCAUUCGUUGAAGUAAAUUCCUACGAAGUUAACGAUGCCUGAUCCAGUGAAAGCACCGAAGAAGGGCUCAAAGAAAGCCGUCUCUAAGAGCGUCACCAAGACCGGCAAGAAGAAGAGAAAGACCAGGAAGGAGAGCUACGCCAUCUACGUGUACAAAGUGCUGAAGCAGGUCCACCCCGACACCGGCAUCUCCUCCAAGGCCAUGCUGAUCAUGAACUCCUUUGUGAGCGACAUCUUCGAGCGCAUCGCCGGUGAGUCCUCCCGCCUGGCUCACUACAACAAGCGCUCCACCAUCACCUCCAGGGAGAUCCAGACCGCCGUCCGCCUGCUGCUGCCCGGGGAGCUGGCCAAGCACGCCGUGUCUGAGGGCACCAAGGCCGUCACCAAGUACACCAGCUCCAAGUAAACCCGCUGUUCAUCCCAACAACACAAAGGCCCUUUUCAGGGCCGCCCACUGCCUCAACUAAAAGCUUUAUUCCAAUUCUUUAUAAUAUUUUUUAAAACUUAUAAAUUUCAAACAUCUAAUGAAUAAAUACUACAUGCAGAUGAC